AUGGAUCCCCUUGUAUCUGCCGAGCUAGCCAGACGCUCGGCCGAUGGCGUCGCGUUCCGCGCGCAGGCGCAGCACACGCACCGCACGUGGGCGCGGACCUUCUCGUCCCUCCCGGAGCUGUACAUCCGGCCGCGCACGCUGGCCGAGGUAGAGAAGGCGGUGGAUGUGGCCCGUGCGUGCCGGCGGCGCAUAGCCACAGUCGGGUGCGGCCACUCGCCCUCCAGCAUGACGUGCACGUCCAGCUGGCUGGUCAACCUGGACGACUUCGACGCGGUGCACUCGGUCGAUCGGGAGACGGGACUGGCCGUCGUGGACGGCGGCAUCAGGCUGUACAGGCUGUGCGAGGAGUUGGAUCGCAGGGGUCUGGCCAUGCCCAACCUCGGCAGCAUAAACGAGCAGUCGAUCGCGGGGGCCAUCUCGACGGGCACGCACGGCAGCAGCCUGCGCCACGGCCUCAUGUCCGAAGACGUGGUGGCGCUCAAGGUUACGCUCGCCAGCGGCAAGACGGUCGACUGCUCGGCCGACCGGGAUCGCGACCUCUUCCGCGCGGCGACGCUGUCGCUCGGCGCCCUCGGCAUCGUCACGCAGGUCACCAUCCGUGCCGUGCCGGCCUUCUCCCUGCGCUGGACGCAGACGGUCGACUCCGAUGCCAGGCUGCUCGACAGCUGGCGCCGCGGCCAGCUCUGGUCCCGCGCCGAGUUCGUCCGCGUCUACUGGUACCCGUACACGCGGCGCGCCGCCGUCUGGGCCGCCGACAAGGCCGACCCGGGGGAGGCCCACGUCGCGCCCGCGGCCAACUGGUUCGACGGCGCCCUGGGCUACUACGUCUACCACAACCUGCUCGCGCUGGCGCACCUGGUGCCGCGUAUCCUCCCCUGGGUCGAGCGCCUGGUCUUCGGCAUGCAGCUCGGCUUCCGCGACGGCGUCACCACCCCCACCGCCGUCGAGCCGGGCAGCCGCGCCUUGCUCCUCAACUGUCUGUACUCGCAGUUCGUCAACGAGUGGGCCAUCCCGCUCGAGAGGGGGCCCGAGGCCCUGGCUCGCCUGUCCAGCUGGCUCAACCGCCUCGACGAGUCCGACGACGGCUACGUCGAGCACGGCAUCCCCUUCUCCGCUGAGGGCCUGUACGUCCACGCCCCCGUCGAGGUGCGCGUGUCCGACGGCAACCGCCCCCGGGCCGACGGAGAGAGCCCGGUCCGCCCCUUCCUGGAUCCCACCUCCCCCGACGGCCCGACCCUGUACCUCAACGCCACCCUCUACAGGCCCUACCACCUCGACCCGCCCUGCCGCGAGCGCUACUACCGUGGCUUCGAGCACCUGAUGCGCGACCUGGGCGGGCGCCCCCACUGGGCCAAGAACUUUGACGCCCGCCGUCCGGAGAUCGAGGCCAUGUUCGGCCAGGACCUCGACGAGUGGAGGGUCGUGCGCGACAGGGCCGACCCCGACGGCAUGUUCGUCGGUCCCUGGCACAGGGAGCGCGUCAUGGCCGAGGGACCCAGGCUGCCGCUCGAGGAGGUCGAGGUGCGUAGGGCCAAGGUUGGCGAUGGGAGUUUCCAGACUGUCGGGGAGUUGCCGUAG